AGUUUUUCUUGUGCUCCGCCCAUUUCCGACUGCGUGCUGACAACGUUGCUUUAAAAGUCAAACGUAUUAAAUUUUCCCUAAAGCAUUGGAUCUUGCCAUGUGUAUCUUUAGAUCACUCUGCUCCAGAUUCUCCAUAUGGAAUAAUGUGCCUGGCAGUGGAAUAAUGUCUGUGUGUGCAAUAUCGAUACGAACAUUAUAAUUGUAAAUUAGUUUCACCUCAACAUCCAAAGCUACAACAUGGCUGCAAGAAGGGUUAGGAUCAAAGGGAUAGCAAACAUCCCUCAGAGGAGGAAGAACAAUGAGCUGAGCACAAGUGAAUCACCAAGUCCUCCUUUAGAGGAGACUGCACCUCCGACCAAUCAACCUGACAUCUCAGAACAGGCAGCUGGCAAGGAUCAAUUGGAGCAGCAUGUCGCAGAACUCACACCACCAACACAGCCCAUUAUUGAUCCUCCCGUCACCAUUGCUGCAACUGAACAAGCCCAAGAGACAACAACUGCUAAAGAGACAAUCCAGUGUGAUACAGACACUACAACAAAAACUCAAGUAAAUACAUCAUCAACUGACAGUUCCAUCGAAACAUCAUCUGAAGUUAAACCAGCUGUACCUGAUGGUAAAGUUAAUACUCAAAAUGCAAGCCAAGAAACUAAGAAACCCUUGCGACGUAAGUUCAUUAAGCCAACAAUCUCUGUUGCUGCAAUUAAUGGACGAGCAAAGAGAAAGGAGUCUACUAACAUAGAGAAACCACCAUCACCACCAAUUGUAAGGGAAGAAGAAAUAAACCUUAAUGAAACAAUUUUGCCAACAUGCAAAGAAGCUCCUGUUGAAACUGCCAAUAAUAAUUCAGUGAUUCACCCAGUCCAAGAUAUUACGAAAUUGCCGAGGCCCGAGUUCAUCGAGGGUUCUAAGCCGUGCUCAGAUAGUGAAAGACCUCCACCUGCGUCCAGUCCUAGUAAACUUAUAAAUAGAUCUCGCAUCAAAGCUGUGCCUAGAUUAGGACAACAUAGGAGUAGCUUCAGUAUUGGCAGCGCCAGUGAAUCUGAAGAUGAAUCCAGGAAGAGUUACAGCAGUCGCAUCAGAAAUGAUUCGGUGUCUUCUGUGGUCUCCGAAUAUCAGACCAAUGAGGUUCCGGUUCACAAAAGUAAAGAAAGCACGGGUAACGUUCAGAAGAAGACUAGAAGGUCGCAACGGGCGAGAAAUCUUGCUGAAGCCCGUAGGGAGUUCAUAAAGAAAUGCGGAAACGGACAGCCAGACAGGCAGAGAUUGACAAUGAUGGAUUUGCUAUUUUACAAUCCCACUACCAAUCCGAUGAGCCGGAAAGAGAAGGUUUCAAUCAGUGAGAGCGUGAUGGAAAGCGAGGAAGUGGAUGGUAACCUUGAGGAGAGCAGUGAGAAAGGAGAAUCCAAUGAUACGACGGAAACGAAUAACGAUCAAGAAAACGAAGUGCCUGCACCCCAGAUUAUGAUUGGGGCAAACGGAGAGAUUAUCAUCGACGAGAAGAGUUUGCUGAUCGAGAGUUCCGACGUGGCGAAAAAUCGAGAAGUCCUGAAGAACUCUAGGGUCAUCGACGGCGAUAAUCUUGACUCUCCGUACGCGACGUACAGACGCGCUAAAAAGUACAAAGGUUGGAGCAACGUGGAGACGCUCAGAUUCUACAAAGCAAUAAACACAAUUGGAACUGACUUCUCCAUGAUGGUGCAGCUGUUCCCCGGCCGAACACGUCAGGAUUUGAAGGUCAAAUUCAAGGCGGAGGAGCGGCGCAACAAGGAUCUAAUUGAUAAAGCUGUGUACAAUCCAAUUACGUUCGAUUUGACUGAUAUGUUAAGAGAGGUGGAAAUGGAGGAGUUUGAGAAGAAGCAGAACCAGAAGCGUCUGAAGGAAAUUGAAGAAUUCAAGCAACAGAAAGCCGAGACUAGAUGUAGCAAGAGGAAAAAGAAGAAGGAAGUUCUUAAAGAUGCUCGUAGUGAUGAAGACGAACCUGUAUAUAAGAGGCCGAAGAUGAGUGCGAAGAAGUACCUCGAUGGUGGUAUCAAUAGUUUAUUCGAUAGUGAUAACGAUGAUGAGGCUAGCAAGGAUAGCAGCACCGUCGUCGAACAACCGGCUGCAGUCGCGGACACUCCGGAUCUUCAAACUACUAUUACUGAGGACACUAAUGAUAGUCAAAAUAGUUUAGGGUCGGACAGUAUGCAAUGCAAUGAAGAUGCAGAUUUAUUCGAGAAUAGCGAAGAUUUGGUACCUGGGUCGAUAAUUCACGUGACUGAAGAGAAUGAGGACGGCGAAACUGUGGAUAGGAUUUAUAGUAUAGGUGAGAAUGGUGAGAAGAUACUUGUGAGUCUGCAGCAAGAUAUUAUAGAUCGUUUAGUACAAAAUAGUACAGAGUGCGAAAACAACAAGGAAAAUUUGGAUAUGAACGAAACCGGCAACAAUAACAACGAGAAGCCUAGCGUCGAUCCACCGAAUUCCGCAGAUAUAGACAUUGACAAUGCGGAAAUAAUUCUGCUUGACGAUAAUUCCGAUCUGUUCGGUUUCGAUGUAAAUAAUAGUCAUACGAUGCUGCAAACCUCCGCAUGAGCACAACAAGCAAACAUAUAUUUAUUGAUUUCGAUAUUGGAAAUCUCCACAUAGAAGUGAUAUGAAUUAAAUUAUCUAUCCGGAAAAUUCAUUGAAUAAAUAAAAACUGCCUUUGCCUUUGCUAGAAUAAUU